AUGGCGAAGAAGAAGGCUGGGCGUAUCGCCAUCAAACUGCUGAGCACGGCAGGGACCGGCUUCUUCUAUACAGCCUCGAAAAACGUGCGAAAGGCCACCAACAAGCUGGCCCUGCGAAAGUACGACCCUGUAGUACGACAACAUGUCGUCUUCACCGAAACGAAGAUCAAGUGAGCCGCCCCGGCCUGUCCGAGCAUUUCGCGUGAGGCCAACCCGUUCUUCUCCACAUGAAGCGGCAUCAAAUCGAGAACUACGACGGAGGGAGGUCACCUCUCACCAACCCGUGAUACGUCGGUUUGUCAUCGAUGGCAUCGCGGUCGUCUCACAUCGGCUUUUUUUGCGCUUCGACCUGGCGUUUCAUAGACUGAAGUCGACGCGGUGCGCAUGUAUGUAAAGUAUCGCGCGCAGAACGCUUUUUUUUUUCCUUCGUGGUUCAGGUUGGGACGGUGUGCUCACACGUUGUGCUGUUGGUAGGAACUGGCCAUGUGGCAGGCUGACAUGCAGAGAUAUCAAGCUAGACAAGUCUGAUGUACCGGCGUUACGGGGCAGAGUAGCAAGUGGUGACCGAGCAAUCACGACUCUCUCGUGAGAAGCCAUUAUCGGUAGGUUGGCAUUUUCCGUACCACGUGAAGUUGUGCCUUGCCGUCGAAUUAGAGAUGGCGUCGUUCUGCUGUUGGUGAUAUCCCGAGCGUGAAUUGUCAGUGCUGAGAGGUGCAUCGCUUCGCUUGUUUCUAGUGUUCCCUGAUGCUCAGUAGGCCCGAUAGAGCCUGUGUGGACCCAAUCGGCUGUGCAAAUGGUAUAUUCCACGAGUUUUUUUUUGUGCGAACAGAGGGUGUUGAGGUGGGCAGGCGAAAACGGGAGGAGCGUGGUGUUUUCAUUUUGGGUCAAAAUGGUGUUACGCUUUUGGGGCUGAGUUCUUGAACCACGAGAAUCCGUCCGUUUGCUGUUCAAGGUCGGUCCUUGGGCACUGAGGGUCGCUUCCCGCGUUUUGCGGGUGAGGUCAUCGCCUGUGUGACGAGGGCAUUAAGGUAUUUCUGUGUAUGAAGUUG